CACCCACCUUCUAGAUGCUGCUGCGCAGGGAAGGUCCACGUGGCUGAUGCUCCAAGCACUCACUGUUGCACGUGGCAUUCCAGGGUCUGGUCACUGGAGACCUGUCCUCAUCUCCGCAGGCUGCCCCAGGCCUUCUUAAGUGACAAACUACAGGCACAGUUGACUUCCAGCCUUGAUGAGUGGACAGACUGGGAAGAAGUGGCUGAAUUCCAUCAGAAGUUGAUGCUGGGAGUGGGAACACAAGCAAUCGCAAAGGGAUGAGAAGAAUGAAAUUAACAAUAAGCUGGCCAGAGAGAGGGACAACUGAAGUUCAAGGAGGGUAGACCCAAUGAACAGGAGAUGGAAAAUCUAUGAUUCAUAAUGAUUUAAUGACAGCAUUUUGCCAAAGAUUCAACCAAGUACCUAAUAAUUUGGGGCCAGGAUUAGCAACGUCUGAAUUUGCUGAAACAUGUCUUUCAUCAAUUAUACAGGAGGAGGUCUCUACAUGAAUCCGAAAUAUUCGCACAAUAGUCCUCUAUUUCAAGACUACAGAUCUUCUCUACAGCAACAGUCAACGUAUAAUGUCUAUAAGCCUCCAACUUAUGGGAGCCCAUCAUUCAAUCAGAAAAGUUUUGUCACCGUGCCAAAUGUGCAGUUAUGGAUUUUAAGAAAGGGAGUAUCGGCCCGUAGCCUCUGAGCUCCGGGGCAAUGUAUUUGGCGGGUACGCCAAAGAUACCUUCCCUCCUCCUGCCCCCGCCAAAGAGAUUCCCAGUUUCAACUUCCGGCUGUAUACCCUGUGGAGAAGGUACUGGAUGUGUGAGCCCAUCACACUGGUGUGAUGGGGUACCUCAGUGUGUUAAUGGCAAGGAUGAAGAAUGCUUUCUGUUGGCAAACUCAACUUUUGUGCUUUAUGCCAAGUUUAAGUCUAAUGACUGGAGGCCAGUGUGUCGUGACAACUGGAACAUGGAUCAUGGGAGGCAAGUCUGCUACAGGAUAGGAUAUGCCAGGAACAGCUUUCCUUUCUACGGAUCAACCUUGGUGAGCAACAUUCAAUCCUCAGAGUUCCUGAUGCUGAACGAGUCUUUAAAAACACGAGACACGUACCAAAAACUAACCAUCAGCAAAAAUUGCUCUUCUGGCUUGCUGGUCACUUUACGCUGUAUAGAUUGCGGAAUCCGCAAGAAGGAAGAUGAGGUCUCUACAAAAAUAGUUGGUGGACAAGAAGCAGCACCAGGGGAGUUCCCAUGGCAGGUCAGCCUCCACUUGAAUAAUCGUCAUAUCUGUGGGGGCACCAUUCUCACACCCUAUUGGGUGAUUACAGCGGCACAUUGUGGAGAAAGGCAUUCCUCUCCUUCCCGUUGGCGAGUAUAUGGCGGUAUUCUACGGCAAUCAGAAACACUCAAUGUAAAAGCUCACAAUGUUGAAAAAUUUAUCAGACAUAAUAAGUUUGACAGUCAAAGCAAGGAUUAUGACGUAGCACUAAUGAAACUAAAGACUCCUUUCAAAUUUUCAGAAAGAAUAAAACCAGCCUGUUUGCCUAACUAUGGACAAGUGUUUAAUACUGGGGACAGUUGCUGGAUUUCUGGAUGGGGAGACACAGAGGAAGGAGGCUCUUCACCUGAAGUUCUGCAGAAGGCUAUUGUGCCUUUCAUUGCUCACACCGAUUGCAAACUAAGUUAUUAUGAGUUCAUCUUGCCUCGCAGCAUAUGUGCUGGCUGGGAAGAGGGUAGACAGGAUGCAUGCCAGGGUGACAGUGGUGGCCCGUUAGUUAUAAGCCAGAAGUCAGUCUGGUGGCUAGCAGGUAUCACAAGCUGGGGUUAUGGAUGCGCCCGACCCAGAAAACCAGGAGUGUACACUAAGGUCACAACACAGCUGGACUGGAUUUAUCUACAGUUCAAGGCAAACCGUUGAAACUGGGACAAGUUUGCAAGCAUCUCCGUUGUUUGUGAGAAUGUAGAGAAGAAAAAAGGACAUAUCGAGCUCUUUGAUACCUCUUCCUCCCAGUGAUGAUGUACAAUUUCCUGUGACGGCGAUUUGAAAGUUCCCCUAUGACCCAGCAAACCACCCAUCUCCCACCACCUCUGUACCCUCCCAAUUUUCUUAAGGAUUUCUCUAAGAGUAUACAGAAACCUCCUGUUUGUUAGGAUAAGUUUGGUGACUUGCUAAUACUAUUUGGAGAUUGUA